AUGACAAGGUUGGAGAAGUUUUUGCUCUAUUUUUCUGCAGAGGAAAUCCGAAUUCAUCACAGAUGCAGCCCUGCUGAAAUUGAUUUGACAAGUAUGAGAGGACUCCUCGGUGCUUCGCCUACUCCAAUUGAGCCUAGACAUCGGCUCUCCGUAGCCAAUGAAGAUACAAGCAAAAGAAGGUCUUUUGGAAAUAGAAGCUUUAAAGAUGGUGAAAAACCAUAUCUUAGUCCCAACCAAGACAGAAAUGCAAGCUGCAAAUUUCCUACUUUAAAGCUUGUUUUGGUUAUUAUAAUAUUGGGAGCACUUUUUACGCUCCUUCACUCGCCAGCUGUAUAUAACACAGAACGCCCUUCCCAUUCCGGAUCCCGGGUGAGUUUGGUAGAAAGAUGGGGAAACGAGAAAUCUCUCUCAGACGAUGAAAGGUAUCUAUCCCAUUUAAAAGUCAACUGGAAUCACAUUUCCGGGGUAAUUAGGACACUUUCCGACGCAAAUGAGUAUAAGGGAAUCGGUCUAUUAAACUUCAACGAGAAUGAAACCGAUCAAUGGAAGGAAUUACUCCCAUCACCCGAGCACAUUACCCUCAACCUCAAUCCUGCAAAAAACAUAACUUGGGAAGAUCUAUAUCCCGAGUGGAUCGACGAAGAAGAAGAAUAUAAAGUUCCUAUAUGCCCUAAAUUACCCUUGAUUGAAGCUCCAAGAAAACCAAGAAUUGAUUUCAUAGCUGUAAAGCUUCCGUGUGUGAAGACACGGGAUUGGUCAAGAGAUGUGGCUCGUUUGCAUUUGCAACUUGCGGUUGCAAGAUUUGUUGCUAAAUCUAGAGGGGUUCAUCCGGUUAGAGUGCUUUUGGUGACCGAUUGUUUCCCAAUUCCAAAUCUUUUUAUGUGUAAAGAGCUUGUGAUGCGUAGAGGGAAUGUUUGGUUAUAUGAACCGGAUCUUAAUUUGUUGAGGGAUAAAGUGCGGCUUCCGGUUGGGUCUUGUGAACUUUCGGUCCCUCUCAUGGCUAAAGAUUAUCGAUACUCCGGGAAUCCAAAACGAGAAGCGUAUGCAACAAUUCUACACUCGGCUCAUGUAUACGUAUGUGGAGCAAUUGCAGCAGCUCAAAGCAUUCGGAUGUCCGGGUCGACCCGAGACUUGGUGAUACUCGUCGACAACACAAUCAGCGACUACCACCGCGAAGGUCUUCAGGCCGCCGGCUGGAAAGUCCACACAAUCGAACGAAUCAGAAACCCUAAAGCCGAACGAGACGCCUACAAUGAAUGGAACUACAGCAAGUUUCGUCUAUGGCAGUUAACCGACUACGACAAAAUCAUAUUCAUUGACGCCGAUUUACUCAUUCUCAGAAACAUCGACUUCCUCUUCGAGAUGCCGGAGAUUACCGCUACCGGAAACAACGCCACGCUUUUCAAUUCCGGUGUAAUGGUGGUUGAGCCUUCAAAUUGCACUUUCAAGUUGUUGAUGGAUCACAUUGAUGAAAUUGAAUCGUACAACGGCGGCGACCAAGGGUACUUGAACGAGAUCUUCACGUGGUGGCAUCGGAUCCCUAAACAUAUGAAUUUUUUGAAGCAUUUUUGGGAAGGCGAUGAGGAAGAAAAGAAGGUAAUGAAAACACGUCUUUUUGGCGCCGAUCCUCCUGUUCUUUACGUUCUUCAUUAUCUAGGGUUGAAGCCAUGGUUGUGUUUUCGAGACUAUGAUUGUAACUGGAACGUGGCGAAGAUUCAGGAGUUUGCUAGCGACGUGGCGCAUGAACGGUGGUGGAAGGUUCAUGAUGCGAUGCCGGAGAAUCUGCAUAAGUAUUGUUUGCUUAGAUCAAAGCAGAAGGCGGCGUUGGAGUGGGAUCGGAGGGAGGCGGAGAAAGGGAACUAUUCCGAUGGUCAUUGGAAGAUUAAGAUAAAGGAUUCACGUUUGGAGAGUUGUUUUGAGGAUGAAUGCUCUGGCUCCACCGCCACCGGCGACUGUUUUGACGGCGGCGUUGUUAUAGUCAUCGGAGAAUCUGUUUCAAAGAGUGUAGGUGAUAGUUGCAGUUUUAUUGUUUUGCUUGCAUGGAAAUGUGGUGAUUGUGCGAAUGUAGUGACAUCUCUUACCCCUAAUCACCGAUUUGAUGCAUGUCGUAAACAGGAUUCCAUAUGGAGGUUUAUUUAUAAUGUGUUGAAGACCAACUGGAUUGCUGCUACUGAACAAUGGCGAGAGAGGAACAUAAUCACAAAUAAUUCAAGGGUUUUCAUUUCUUCACUUACAGAUUAUGCUGUAGCUUGA